AACACACACACACAAGCGUUUCGUCGAAUACCUGCUCCGUGCAAUGCGUAGGUUCUGCACCAUCCCGCGCGGGCGGCGACCCUCGCCGUCCGCCGCCGGGGCACCCUACGGCGGCCACCACCAGCCGCUCCCGCCGCCGGAGUGGAUCGAGCCAUACACCGACCUGGCGGACCCGAGCCCGUACACCGCCGCCUCGGCCGCGCCGCCCACUCCGUCUCCCUGGCUCCCGCGCGUCGUCUCCCUCGUCCUCCGCGCCCCACCCGCCACGCUCGCCGCCGACCUCCGCGCCUUCUGCAGCACGUUCCUCCUCCGCCUCUCCCCCGCCUUCGUCGCCGCCGCGCUCCGCUCCCCGCAGCUGCUCCCGCACCCGCUCCCGUCGCUCCACUUCUUCCGCUCCCUCCCAAACGGCACCGACCUCGCCGCCCACCCCGACCACCUCCUCGCCUGCUACGUCUCCCUCCUCCACUCCUUCGCGCAGUCCCGAGAGGCCACCCCGGACGCCGCCAACCACGCGCGGCAACUCGUCGCGGAGCUGCGCGCCCGCGGGGACGCCGUGCUACAGCACCUCGCGCCGGCGUCGUCCGCGUCGCUCAUCCGCAGCCUCGCGGCUCUCGGCCUCGCCGACGACCUGCUCUGGGCGUGGAGCGCCAUGCGCGCUGCCGGCGUCGAGCCGUCCAGGCUGACCUACAACUGCCUCCUCGACGGCCUCGUCAACGCGGGCCUCCUGGACACCGCCAUCAACGUGUUCGACGCAAUGUCCACGGAGGACCGAGUCCGUCCCGACGUCGUCUCCUACAACAUUCUCAUCAAGGGGUACUGCCGCGGAGGGAGGGCGCAGGACGCGAUAGCGCGGCUCGAUCACAUGAGGGAACGGGCGGGGGAGCUCUCGCCGGACAAGGUGACAUACCUCACGCUGAUGCAGUGCCAUCACGGCGAGGGCACGUUUUCGCAGUGCGUGGCAUUGUUCCAAGAGAUGGAAGAGAGGGGGAUGGGGAAGGACAUUCCGCAGCAUGCCUACGUGCUGGUGAUCGGCGCGUUGUGCAAGGACGGGAAGCCGUUUGAGGGUAUGGCCGUGUUCGAGAGAAUGCUCAAGCGCGGGUGCCCAGCAAAAGCGGCCAUGUAUACCGCGCUAAUUGAUUCGUUGGGAAAAUUCGGUAGGGAGACCGAGGCAAUGUCGCUCUUUGAGAGGAUGAAGGCUAGCGGGCUUGAGCUCGAUACCGUCACAUAUGGAGUGAUUGUUAACUGCUUGUGCCGGUUUGGGAGGCUGGACGACGCACUUCUAUGUUUCAGGAAUUGCGUAGAGAAGGGUGUUGCGGUGAACGCCAUCUUCUAUACCAGCCUGAUUGAUGGCUUCGGGAAAGCUGGAAUGGUCGACCAAGCACAGGAGCUCUUCGAGGAGAUGAGAGUCAAAGGUUUUGUGCCUGACUCACAUUGUUACAAUGUUCUGAUUGACGGGUUAGCUAAAGCAGGAAGAACGGAUGAUGCUUGUGCCUUGUACAAGAGAAUGGAAGCUGAUGGCUGCGAUCAGACCGUUUACACGUAUACCAUACUAAUUGAUGGUUUGUUCAAGGAACACAAGAACGAAGAGGCGCUGAAGUUCUGGGAUGCGAUGAUCGACAAGGGGAUCACCCCCACAGCUGCGGCCUUCAGGGCCCUUGCAAAUGGGCUAUGUCUUUCCGGAAAAUUCAGCAGGGCGUGCAGGAUACUGGAUGAACUGGCUCCUAUGGGGGUGAUUCCUGAGACUGCCCAUGAAGAUAUGAUCAAUGCUCUGUGCAAGGCUGGCAGAUUCAAGCAGGCCUGCAAAUUGGCAGAUGGCAUCGUAUCAAAGGGCCGUGAGAUACCUGGGAGGGUCCGAACGAUGAUGAUCAAUGCGCUCAGGAAAGCAGGGAAUACCGAUCUGGCUGUCAAACUGGUGCACAGUAAGAUAGGCAUUGGGUAUGAACGAUCUGGCAGCAUCAAGAGAAGAGUGAAAUUUCAGACGCUGUUUGUAUGAGCUGCAGAUGGUUUUCCUCAAAGUUUUGAAGAUAUGGAGUCAUCAAGAUGUGCCGAAGAUUUACUGAAUGUGAGAAGACAAAUCAUGGGAUACAUUGACCACGUUCUGGACUAUGUUCUGGAAAGCCUCCCCUGGCCAUGGGGAAUUUGUUGGCAUUUUUCAGGAGGCAGGGAGCUUAAAACUUGCCAGUUUUGAACAACCGAAAGGAAAUAAAAUUACUUGGUACACGAGUCUCAUGAACUACUGAGAAAUGCCUGCUAUCAUAGCACCAAUGAUGGUGAUUCAUGAGAUUGA